UUGGAAAGAGCUCUUCGGUGUAUUAAGUGUAGAAAAGUAAAUAGUCAACUGUAACAGUCUCCAUGCAGUAAACUCAACUGCAAAUUCGGAGCUUAGGGUCCUUUUUUUCCAAAAUAAACUAUUGAAACUUCACCUGCAGUGCCGCUGCUGUUCACAAAAACAUUCACCGGCGUUUGCGGUUUUUUUCAAAACAAAUGUAUAAUUUCUAAUCAAACAACAAGAAAAUAUUGAGAUUAUUAUUUGAUACUUUAGAAUCGAAUAGUUGUUAGUUUUUCGUUGAAUUUCAUUUAGAUGGUAUAGUAAGGAGCAUCGAGAAUUAAGACAUUGAGACCUAUAACCAGUUGAUGAAUGAACAAGAGAUUAAUUAAAGAUUACACAACAUGAAAAUUCAUUAUUUAUUUGUUUUUUUCUUUGUUUUAUUGACUUUGGUACAUUUUGGGGCAUUAUUUCUAUUAGAAAGUAUUACCGUUGGUACUGUUGCGGCUAUUGGUUAUGCUGUCCAUUGCAAAUUUAUGGAAUGUUGUAGUGAUGAGUACAUUCUGCAUGACAUGAAGUUACUCAAGGAUGAAAUGAAACAUUCGCUAUAUGGUCAACAGAUAGCUCAAAAUAUUGUUCUCAGUGCCAUUCAAAGUCAUGUUAACCAUCCAAACCCUAGAAAACCAUUAGCUUUAAGCUUCCAUGGUUUACCUGGAACUGGAAAGACCUAUGUAGUCAGUAUGAUAGCUAAGUCAUUAUUCAAACUAGGUGUAAAAAGUAAGCAUUAUUACUUUUUCAAUGGAAGAAAUGAUUUUCCAUCUGAUUUAAAAACCGAUCUUUACCAGAUGAUUCUUAUAGACAAAAUAGAACGGGCAUUGAACAGUUGUGAACAAUCUUUGUUUGUUUUUGAUGAGGUUGACAAAAUGCCAUCAGGAGUACUGGAUGCAUUAGUGCCAUUUUUAGAUUAUACGAGUUAUGGAGACAACAAAAAUAGGAAAGCUAUUUUCAUAUUUUUGUCAAAUACUGGAAGUACAGAGAUUGUCGAUAGAAUGAUAAAAUUGUGGCAAGAAGGAAAAAACCGCGAUGAUAUUAGCAUACAAGACUUUGAGCCUCUGAUAGAAAUAGGAGCUUUCAAUGAAAAAGGAGGCUUUCACAAAAGUGGUACUAUAGAGUCAAAGUUAAUCGACCAUCACGUCCCUUUCCUACCCAUGGAAGAGAAACAUGUUAUUAUGUGUAUCAAGGAUGUAUUCAGACACUGGGGUGAUCAUAAUCCUAACAAUAAUUUAAUUAAAGAAGUUCUGACUCAUGUUACUUAUGGACCACCACCUUACAACAUAUAUUCUACAGGUGGCUGUAAGAGAUUGGAUUAUAAAGUCUCAUCUGUUUUGUUCAAAGACGAUUUUAAUUGAUUAAUUUUACAUAUAAAAGAGUAAGCAGUUGUUUAAAAUCCAAUGAUUUUUAAUCUUUAGUAUGAGUACUUUAAUUUAUGUUUUAUUGUUGUAAAGUAAGAUAAAAUAUAUUUACUAAUGAUUAAAAAUAUAUUUGGAUUCCAAUAUCAAAUCAAAUUGUAUAUGCGUUUAUGAGCUCUGAUUUCUUAA